AUGCGACGCGCAGCGAUCCUCCGCACCGCCGUCCUCCUCGUCGCCUGCGACCCAACCGCUGCCAUGCAGCUCGCGCGGCGCUCGGUCCUCGACACGACGCUGACCACGCUGCCGUCGCUCACGCUGGCGUGCUCCGAGGACGACUGCAUCUUCGAGCGGCGGCGCAAGUUCGAGCGGCUCGGGCGCACGCUCACGGUCGACCAGGACUUCGCCGGCAGCCGGUCGCGGUCCACCGGCGCGGGUGUCUGGGAGUGCUCCGAGGUGCUGUCGGCGUACCUCGCGGCGCGGCCCGAGCUCUGCCGCGGGCGCCGCGUGCUCGAGCUCGGCGCGGGCUGCGGCCUGUGCUCCAUGGUCGCGAGCCUCGGCGGCGCGGCGCGCGUCGUCGCGACCGACGGCGACGCCGGCGCCGUCGCGCACCUCGAGGCCGUGCUGCGAGCGAACGACCUGAAGCUCGAGACGCCGCCGCCGUUGAAGUGGGAGGAGGCGACGCGCGACAGCGCGAAGGCGCUGGGCGCGCCCUUCGACGUCGUCCUGGGCGCGGACCUGACGUACAACCCGAACAACGCGAUCGCGCUCGCGAACGCGCUCGUCGCGCACGCGGGGCCGGACUCGACGGUGCUGCUGGCGCACAAGCGGCGCGUCGCCGACGACGACGCGACCAUCGCCAAGCUCGGCGAGUACUUUGCCACGGAGACGCUCGUCGCGCCGUCGAAAGUCGCCGGCGUCGCGAUCCUGAAACUGCGCAAGCGCGACGCGAAGCUCGGCGACCUCGACCUCGCCGCCGCGUCCGCGGACAACUGCAACGAGGGCUUCAAGCGCGUCAACGGGGCCUGCCUCCUCGCGACGCGGCGCGCCGCGCUCGGCAUCCUCGCGUCCGCGGCGGCCGCGCCGCCCGCGGCGGCCGCGGCGCCGCUCGCGGGCCGCUUCGAGUCGCUCGAUCUGGCGCGGCCCGAGCCGGACCGGGGGCGCAACGAGCUCAGCGGCGUCGCGAACCUGUACUUCCCGCCCUGGAUGCGCGGGACCUGGAACGUGUCGCAGACGCUCACGCGCGUCGAGGCGCCGCUGGGUCUGAAAUUCGUCGGCGGGCCGCGCGCGGACCUCGCCAUCGCGAAGCGGUCGCUCGACGAGCAGCGGUCGAGGGUCGGCAAGGCGCAGCCGCUCCAGCUGCGCUUCGUCGCCACGAAGUUCGGCGUCGUCGAGGACCGGCUCUUCAACACGCGGAGCCGCCUCGACGCCUUCGCGGGGCGCAGAGUCGUCGCGUCCGUCGAGUACGCGGAGACGGGCGGCAACAACCGCCGGGGCAACGCGGUCCUCGGCGGCUCCGAGGACGACCCGCUGACGACGACGGUGACGCGCUACCGCGGCCCCGCGGCCCAGAAGAUCUUCUCCCUGGCCCGGACGGCGGAGACCGGCGGCGACGGCGUCUGGCGCGGCUCCGAGGCGUCGCGGAGCAUCUUCGCCCUGACGAACCAGAACGCCGCGCCGCCGAUCACGACGGACUCGGAGACGCUCUUCGAGCUCCGGCAGGGGGACGGCACGGUCACGGGGCGCCUGCGGCUCGUCGACUACCUCAACCCGAACGACCCGCUCUACUUCGAGUCGCGGAAGAAGGCCGUCUCCGUGAGCGACUACGACCUGGCCAUGACGCGCGUCGCCGACUAA